AUGAGUAUUCCUCGAGUAUAUGCGGUGGGAGCAACACCUGUGGCAUCAUAUGUUUCUUAUGAGAUAGCUAAGCUGUCAUUACAGCCUAAAGUUCCGCAAGUUGUACUACUUUUACAAGACUUGAAGAAGCUUCAUCGCUUUUUACAAAAUGAUUCCAAAUUAAGUUUUACCACAGGUGGUCAUAGGAGUGACAUUCAAUUCAUGGCAUCGGGCAAACCCCCAACUUUUGGGUCUGAUAGAUUGCUGGAGAUAGAAAAUUUAAUUGUCGGAGAACCAUCGCGGAAGUCGUUUUCGAUGUCAUUGAAUAAAUAUAAGAAAAGCACUACGCCGCAUUCAUCGAUUUUGUUAUUGAAUCCAGAAUUUGGGCUUAUAGAAAAUAUAUACAGAUACGUGUGGCCGGAUCCAUCUGAUAGACCCCAAUUGUAUGUCGGUUUAACGCAACAAGAUCGGUUGAAAAAGGUUUCUGAAUUUGAAGUAAAACUAAUGGGCUCUGGGCCAAUACAUUUAAGCAUCAGCCCCAUACCAAAGAAUCUGCCUAGUUAUAAUUACGAUGAUGAUGUCAAAUAUUUACAAGAGUCGAUAGAAAGUAAUGGUUUACUGGGACUGUUGAACAAUUUAAAGUCAGACACUGUAGAUCACACUAUAAUGCCCAUAUUCUAUCCAUUCGGUCAGCUUCUCCUUGUUAGGUUAAGGGAAUUAUUCCUAGCCUCUUGUAUUGAGCCGCUGGCCGUCUUAUAUGGUUGCCAGAAGUAUGGAGAAUUAUUAAAAUUAGAACAUACAGAAGGUUUAGUUAAAUCGUUACUACAAGAACAAAUUAGCAUUUUUAAAAAAGCCUACCCAUUUGUUGAAAAUAUCCCAAAAAGUAAUAAGACCCUAUGCAUUGAUGAACUUAGUGUAGCAUUAUGGAAGAGAGUAAAGUGGAUGGAACAUGUUAAUCCCAAAAUGCAGCAAGAUAUUCAAGCCUUGAAUAGUACAAAUGUGAACUCAUUGAAUGGUUAUUUUGUUUCAUUAGCCAACUAUAGAAAAGUUGCAUGCCCUCUUAAUCAAAUGAUGCUAUCUCUUAUUAAGGACAGAGCCUUAAUCGGGAAAAACAGGGCGUUGUCGGACAAAUACCUAUAA